GGCGCCGAGGGCGAAGGGCGGGCUCCUGAAGCGGCUAACCGUCUGAAAAAGCCUGCAGUCUCCAAUGGUUCUACUCAAUAUAGGAUGGGACUUACGUUGAACGGAGUGUACCUUGCACUUACCCUCGCUGUUCAGCUCGCUUAUCUGUUCCAUACUGUGCGAGCAGCCGGCAAGUGCGAUGCAGUGUUUAAAGGAUUCUCGGAUUGCUUAUUGAAACUGGGAGACAACGUCGCGAACUAUCAGCAAGAUAUGGACGACAAACAGAAUGUGGAAACCAUCUGCUCAUACUGGAACGACUUCCACGCAUGCGCCACGACUGCCAUCGCAGAUUGCCAAGAUGGAGCAACCGAUGUUUGGGAAAAACUCAAAAAAGAUUCCAAAAACCUGGAUUUCGAAGGCAGUUUGUUUGACCUGUGCGAAAGGAAUAACUCUGCAAUAACCCCCCAGUGUUUCACUUUCGCCGUUUUAACAUUGUCCGUCUUACUGACCUGGAUCCUACUGUAGAGACAUCACACACAACAACAAAAAAAUCAUUUUUGCUAACACACACCACCCACCCGCCCAUGUUGCGUGUGUGGGGAUGUUGCAAAAAAAAAUCAUUUCGAAUGACAGGACCUUGUGAUUCAUCAGUGAGCCAGAAGGUAUUUGCCAGGAGUGGAAACUGUCUCAUGUCUCUUUUCUUUUAAAUUAUUCUUAUUUCGUUCUCUUUAAUUUACACACACAAGCGGUUUUUUUUUGUCUCAUUUGCCAAAAUGUUACCGAGGAGCGUCAACCCUCUGAAAACAACAGGACUGCAACGAGAUCUCACUCAACAAGAGGAUAUCUCUAACCAGAUGCAGACCAGAACCCCAGAGUUCGGUUCAAAACUCAGGAACGGCCUCUGAGCCAGAAGUUAAAGUGUUGUGAGCCCUACGGAGGAACACAGAGAGAGAGAGAGAGAAUCAAGCAACUGGCCACUCUAUUGUGUGAUGCUUGGUGAUUAGACACCUUCGCUGUGUUUCUUACUGCCACCACCUAGUGUGUAUUGAGGUCUUGUGCUUUUUAUCAUUGUAGAACUCUCACGGGACGUGACAAGAAAAGUAUAGUGACCGCCUCCCUUUCCAAAAAUAACAGAAACCCGGGAACAGUUCAGAUCGCGGUCAGCCCCCCCCCCCCCCCUUCCCCUACCCCUACCCCUCUCUCUCCGGAGAAUCGCAAAAAUUGUUUCCUACCCGUAAAAGAUAUCCUCAUUCUCACAAGCUUCUUUUUUCUUAUUUUUUAAAUUUUAAAUAUAUAUAUAUAUCUAUAAAAUAUAUAUGCUCACUUAUUUUUGGAUGUCGCGUAGCAGAGUAGAUCACUAAAGGGUCUUAAAUGUAUCUCAAACGAAACAGUAUGAGAACCAAUCGUUAUUUUAGAAAUAAAAAAAUUACUCUCAAAAGCAAAUCGGCAAAAAAAUAUAGCUACAAAUCCAGAAAUAAAUAUAUAUAUAUAUGUUUUUUUUUGUGGUUGAUAUAACAAUGUCG